UUGUUUGGGUGGAGAAGAGAAGAGAGAAGAGAAGAGAGAAGAGAGAAGAAGAAAAUGGGUGCAGCAUGAUAACACUGAGAAUCGAGGGGGAGUCUGGUCUGGUCUGAGAUUGAUUUCUGGUAAAUGACAUGGAAGAAGAACUUGCCAUGCUAAGGCAGCUCAUCGGUCAGCUUCAAGAGCUCGAGCAAUUCUACGGCUAUCCUCCUCCUCCUGAUAUCCCUUUCUCUCUUCUUCAACACCAACUUCAUCAUCAUCAUCAUCAUCAUCACAGAUGGUGCUUUCCCACUAUCGAUGAUGGUUCUGCAGAUGAUUGCAAAGGUCUUAUAUUGGCAUCAGGAAAGUCCGGGAAUUUUAAUAUGUUGGAACAUUUGAAGCCUCCACCAGCAAAAAAAUCUCGGAAGGAGCAGAAUCGAGGAAAAUUAUCUGAAGCUACUGAUGGGGAUGAGGUCAUGGAUCAGGAAAUCUGGAAAGAAUUCCCCGAGGACCUUUUUGAAGCUGUCAUAGCUAGACUUCCUCUUGCUACUUUUUUCCGUUUUCGGUCAGUUUGUCGGAAAUGGAAUUCCUUAUUAGACUCGCAAAGUUUCUCUCAACAAUGUGCCCAAGUUCCGCAAACUGUUCCAUGGUUUUACACCAUCACUCAUGAAAAUGUGAAUUCUGGAGCAAUGUAUGAUCCUUCCUCCAACAAAUGGUAUCACCCUACAAUUUCCCACCUACCAACAAAGAUGAUUGUUUUGCCAGUUGCUUCAGCAGGAGGUCUUGUGUGUUUUCUUGACAUUGGGCAUAGGAACUUCUAUGUAUGUAAUCCUCUGACUCAAUCCUUCAGAGAACUGCCAGCUAGAUCAGUUAAGGUCUGGUCCCGUGUUGCUGUAGGGAUGACUUUAAACGGGAACUCUACCAGUGAGGGGUACAAGAUCUUGUGGGUGGGUUGUGAUGGAGAAUAUGAGGUGUAUGACUCAGUGAAGGAUGCAUGGACCAGGCCUGGGAGCAUGCCGUCAAAUAUUAAGGUACCACUAUCACUGAACUUCCGGUCGCAGGCAGUUUCCACUGAUAAGACACUUUACUUCAUGCGGUCAGAUCCUGAAGGAAUUGUGUCAUACAAUAUGGUAACAGGAAUGUGGAUGCAAUUCCUAAUCCCAGCUCCAUUGCAUUUGACUGACCACAUUCUAGCUGAAUGCGGGGGGCGAAUUAUGCUUGUGGGUUUGCUGACAAAGAAUGCUGCGACAUGUGUGUGUAUAUGGGAGCUGCAGAAGAUGACGCUCUUGUGGAAGGAGGUUGACAGAAUGCCAAACAUAUGGUGCUUGGAAUUUUACGGUAAGCACGUUAGAAUGACUUGUUUGGGCAACAAUGAUUUGCUCAUGUUGUCAUUGAGAUCGAGACAGAUGAACCGGCUAGUUACUUAUAAUGUAAGGAGCAGAGAAUGGGUUAAAGUUCCGGGAUGCGUGGUACCCUGUGGGAAGAAACGGCAAUGGAUUGCAUGCGGCACCGCCUUUCAUCCAUGCCUCACUGCUAUGGCUUGAUUCAAUCUUGCUCUUUUGCCAUGCGCAUUUCCCAGUCACUUAUUUCUUCUGCUAUUUCAUUUUAUUUGUCUAACUUCUUGUACAAACAUGUCUGUGUUAUGGGUACUGCUAAUCUAUAGGACAAAUGAAUUUUGUUUUUGGAAUUUAUUUUAAAAUCUCUUAUUAUUUUAAUCACUGGAACAGGUGCUUUCAUUCACCAUUUUUAUUGAGAUCUUAAAUUAUUUUUAGGAGAA